ACCGACUCUCUCUCAUACAGCGCUUCAGACUCGAACAGAGCGAGAGACAAACGGCGAAGCUCACGCCUGACAUCAGCUUUAACCAAGGACCUAUAAAGCUCAAGGACUAGAAGAAUCUUUUGUUCUUUAUUUUUUUUUAAUUCGGAGACGACGUUAAGCAAGGAAAGAUGUUCCUUAUUCCAGUCAUCAUAAUGUUCUUCUCGACCUGCCACUUGGUGUUCUCCUCGUGCCCAGCUCGAUGCGAGUGCCCACUGGAGGUCCCCAAGUGUGCUCCAGGUGUCGGCCUUGUGCUUGAUGGCUGCGGCUGCUGCAAAGUCUGCGCACGGCAGCUGAACGAGGACUGCAGCCAGACAGAGCCCUGUGACCACACCAAGGGGCUCGAGUGCAACUAUGGGGCUAGUUCGGGAGCCACUAGAGGCAUCUGCCGAGCCAAGACCGAAGGCAGACCAUGUGAGUACAGUAGCAGGAUCUACCAAAAUGGAGAAAGCUUCCAGCCCAACUGUAAACACCAGUGCACAUGCAUCGAUGGAGCAGUGGGCUGCAUCCCUCUGUGCCCCCAGGAGCUGUCUUUGCCAACGCUAGGCUGUGCCAACCCCAGAUUGGUCAAAGUUCCAGGGCAGUGCUGUGAGAAGUGGGUGUGUGAUGAUGCCAUGAAGCCAGAACUUUCUGAUAAGAUGCUGGAAAAAGAAGCAAUGCCGGAUGAGACUGAAAGUGACCUCACCAACAGAAACGAGCUGGUGGCAGACGUGAAGCAUGGACUCAAGUCCCUUCCCGCAUUUCGAGCCCAGGCUGAGUCUCACAUGUUCAGAGAGCAGAAGUGCAUUCUUCAGACCACUCAGUGGUCUCCGUGCUCCAAGUCCUGCGGAACUGGCAUCUCCUCGAGAAUUACCAACAACAACGCUGAGUGCAAACUGGUCAAGGAGAGCAGGAUUUGUGAAGUCCGCCCUUGCACCCAGUCCCCUUACUCCAGCCUUAAGAAAGGGAAGAAGUGCAACAGAACCAAGAAGUCUACUCAGGCAGUAAAAUUCACCUAUGCAGGCUGCUCCAGCCUGAAGAAGUACCGACCCAAGUACUGUGGUUCCUGCGUGGACGGCCGCUGCUGUAGCCCACAGCAGACCCGCACAGUGCGUGUUAAGUUCCGUUGCGAGGAUGGCGAGACCUUCAACAAGAACGUGAUGCUGAUCGAGACCUGCAAGUGCUCCUCCAACUGCCCCCAUGCCAACGAGGCCCCCUACCCCUUUUACCGGCUCUUCAACGACAUCCACAAGUUCACAGACUGAAAAGGGAAUCCUGUGUCAGAACGUCAGAAGCGAUGCCGGAAACGGCCAAUCACAGCAAGGCUGGGAACUGGGCGCUUACCGCUUUUGGCCAAUCACCUACCAUCUUGAGAUUCCCACGGAAUCAUGGACUUGUUAAGUGAGGAGUUUGAUGAAGUGCACUGUUUGCUGAGGCCUCGUCAGCGUUUCCAUGCUCGCUCCACACUGGAGCAGUAAUUCAGUAGCUUCGUUUCGGAGCGACUUGUAAACUCGAGCAAUUUGUAAAAACGUACAUGUUUAAUGUUAAAAAUUGUUUUAUGUAUAUUUUGAUUUCUAAACAUCCAAUAAGACUCAACUGUAGACUCGUAUGUGUAUAUCUUCAAAUAAGCAUACAUGCACAUACAUAAUUUAAAGUUUUGCUUAACUCUGUAGACCAUGGUUCUGUAAUGCCAGCGCGUCACACCAUGUUGUGGUUUUUCCGUCAAAUUUGUGGUAACAUUCCUCCCUUAUGUGGACAAAUGCGUUCAUACCGUUCGGCAGCUAUCGUAAAUCGACUCCAUUAGCGGAUUAGCAAGAAAAUGAGUUGACAAAGUUUGAAUGAAUGUUUUUAAUAUUGUUAUUAAUAUUAUUUAUCAAAAGUGUAGCUACUUUAUUUGAUCGUCAUACUGGAAUAAAGUGUAAAAUGAUCUAAUUUUAUAUGUUACAAAUAAAAAAAGAUUUAUUUAUGAAACUAAA